AAACGGGGCGUGCGUGGCCACUUAGCAGGGGUGGUUUGCCCCUGUUGAGGCCGUACAAGGGCCGAAAGCGGAUUUGCGGCAGCCGCAAGUGGAGCGCCCGCUUUCUUUCGGCUCACUCGCUGGCACGAUGGGCACCAAGAAGCACGCUGCCUUCGUCUGCUGCAGGAACUUUGAGGUUCCCGAGCACAAGGAGCAAUCGAGCCAAAUGCUCAAUCAGGUGUGCGAGUGCUACACCCUGCAGGCGUGCAACUUCAAGAAGAACAGCUCGCCCUUCAAGGCCAUGCUCAGGAAGUCCAAAAACCUUGUCAACAAAGGAGUUCUACUGAAAGAGAAUGUGUUGACAAGCAUCCCAAACGCACUCAUCCCUGAUUUCAUCAUGGGUGGUGCCCUGAGCCACUUUUUCCAGUCUGGCAGCGCGCUCCUCUCCACGGGAAACCACAGAGGAGUGUCCGAAUCUACUAGAAAACAUAUCCGGACCGUGUUUGACGCUUUAAGCGCCAAUCCGAAGGUGACCGUGCAACGACUUGACGGCAUCCUCUCUCAGAUUCAAAAGCACGAAAACAUUUUGAUGGUGCACAACGAGGAAGGUUACAAUCUGCUCCAGAAGUGCGUUGGCAUCAACAACAUUGAGAUGGUCAAAUGGAUUUGCUCCAGGAACAUUGACGUCAACCGGGGAGGCGGUGUUUGUUCAUUACCACUGCACAUUGCUUGCUUGAGAGGACAUGAAGAAUGCGUAGAACUUUUACUGAAACACGGCGCAAGACCUGAGGUGGAGGCUCGAAUGUGUUGGCCAGGGCCCCAUCACCUGAACUGCGAGCAGAGGGGAAAACAUUGCGUUCGUGACGAUCAGCAGGGAGAUAGAUCCCACGAUAAGCUUCAAAGUGCGAUUUACUACGCGAUUGAUGGAGACCAGGUUGAUAUUUUGGAGCUGCUGAUCCAGCAAGGGGAGAAUCACUGGCUGCUUCCGUGGCAGCAGAAGAGGCCUCUGCUGCACAUCGCGUGCGAGAAAGGCGCCUGGAACUGCGUGCGGUACCUGGUGGCCGAGCGUUCGGACGAGAUCAACCAGUGCUACGACGAGUACUACCCCAUCCACCAGGCGGUGCAGCACGACGUGCACUUUGUCGAACUGCUCGUGGCGCACGGUGCCGAGACCACUGUCCAGACUCCAACCCAGCAAAUGACAGCCUUACAUGUGUUGAUAUUGAUGGGAAAGCGGUCAGCAGCUGACACGCUGGUGGCAAUUCAGCUGCUUUUGGAGCACGGCGCUCGGGAAGUGAUCAAUGCUCCAGAUUCUCUAGGAAAUACACCACUACAUGCCCUUAUUGUUAGAUACGCUUUAGAAGAGAUGUUCUGUGGCAUCGACCGGCAGCCGCAGUGGAACAAGUGGGACAUCAUGCACCUAAUCCGGUACCUGCUGCAGCACGGCGCGCGGCGCAGCAUCAACCAGCCGGGCAACUCAGCGCUGGCGUGCGUGAUCCGGCACGUUAAAGACUGGGACGUGCGCUACGAGCUGCUGGACAUGCUGCUACAGGCGGGCGGCGACCCCUGCAUCACGGGCCGCGACGGCUCGGUGCCGCUGAUGGUGUGUCUGGUGCCGCUGAUCAACAAGGAGCACCUGCGCAGCUUCUCGCACCACAUGAAAGUGUGCUACCUCAAUUGUGUUCGGCUGCUGCUGAUGAACGGCGCCAACCCCAACUGCACAAGUAGGUCCAACCUCACGCCCAUGCACGUGCUCGUGUUCACCGCCGGCGAGAGCAUGAUGAUCAACCGCGAGGGCGAGAUGAAGGCGCUCCACUUUGACUUUGUGCGCCGCCUGCUCACGCUGCUCCUCCAGCACGGCAUGGAGCCCAACGUCAGGGUCGGCCAGCGGCCUCAGUACGUCCUGCAGACUUUAGUGGAGAUGGCUGGAACUGCCCGGAGUCCGACAGAUUUAGACUACAUAUACGAUUUGACUCUGACGCUUGUCCAGUACGGAGGGAAUCCAAACAUAGACUUAUCUGCCGCAGCAGGAAACGGUGGACAAAACGGAAGUGGAUCCUCACAGGAGCCGCAAAUUUGUCACUCUCAGGCAUCCUUGUUCCUGAAAAGAGCAUCUAGUCGUGUUUUGCACCACUACGUGUUAGCACUUUGUAGACGGGAUGAGCUCCUUUUGGACCCUGCUCAACGAUACGCUCGUAUACUGAAACUUUUCUACCUAUCCAUGGACCACGUACCUCUAUUCACCUGUCUAAGAGCUUUAAUGUCGCAAGCACUCUAUUCUCAAGCUGGACUGAUGCCUGUGAGGAGUGGGCUUUGUACGCUGAUCAAAGAACUGUACAGCUCGCCUCGAUCCCUGAAGCAAAUGUGCCGAGUGGUGAUUUACAAUGCCAUGGCGCAGCAACCGGGCAUGCACGCCAAUAAACUGCCUCUUCCUGUGCCUCUCAAGGAGUACAUCGUCAACUUUGAGCCCUAGUCAUUGUUCAUUUUGUGUCAACCCGAGCGCGAUAUUCGUUUCGGAGCAAGGCGGAUUAUGUGAUUUAUCCCGAUAGUUAAACACUAGAAAUAAUGAAACUCGCAGAUGGUGGCUAUAUUCAAAGAUCAAAUAUUUUGUGAUUUGUCGAGCUGACGGCUUGCGUCAGGUUGUUUUGCAACGUUAUUAGUGAUUUGUAUUUCUGUAUUGCCGUCGAACCGAUGAUUUCAAGACAGUGAAACGUACCUUAUUGUUAUUUUGGGUUCCGAUAAAAUUAACCUCGUUGCUGUGAAAAGUAAACAAAUAUGGCAUCUGAAACUACACUAUUAUUUAUCUAGGCGCUCAUCCUAAAAUGCACACUAAAUUGAAAGUUGAAUGGAGAAUAAAGAAAAAAUGUUGAUACAUUCGA